AUGUCUUUAUCUUAUCAUUCUGAACACUUGGCGUGGCAGCAGCGUAUUAAUCAAGAAAAAACUCGUGCAAGCGAUUUCAAUAAAACUUUCAGCAAUUUUUCCACCUUUAACGAAGCCCUUCAAACAGGAAAAACAGUUUUUCCUAAAGCAAAUCAAUUAGACAAGCCUAUAAAUUACAACACUCUUCGCUUCAAUCUUGCUUAUUCUUUUGGGGGAACAAAGCCAAUACGCCAUGCAUUGCAAGAUCAAGACGUUCGGCAUAGCUUAAGUCCUUCUAAGCGAGUUACUACUGAUUCAUUUAAUAGAUCUUCUAUUAAAACUGCUUCAGAGUCCCCAAGAAAAAAUGCAAGCAAAGAUGAAUCAAGCCCUAAAAAGUUAAAGACAUUAUAGUAUUUUAAAUUAAAUUAGAGACAGGCCGUUUUUUACAAAAUAAAAUAAUUAAUUGAAAAACAAAUCAAUUCAGUAAAGCAUAAAAGAAAUUAACCCAGAACUAGCCAAGCUAGAAGAAGAAUUAACUGAAAUGAAAUUAAACGCAAGCAAAAGCAGUUUUCAAGAUGCUGGAGAUAUUUAUAUGAGAGACCUAGAAAAGAAGCUCUCAAAAGAAAGAAAAAAGAGGAUUCAGGUUGAGCUGGAAAUUGAAAAAAUUAAAAUAGCAAGAAAAUCAUAA